CUCCCCUCCUUCAGCCGGCAGAAAACAGUGGAACCCUCCCAUCGAGGUGAGGGCGCAGAUGUCAUGAAAGCGACCGCAAGACCAGAGCGCAACCACCGACACGCCGAACGACCUCCGUCCGCCUCCCCACGCCCGCGUCUGGGAUGCUUUUAGCGCACGAGCCGCCUCCAAUCAGGGCAGCCAGCGGUGGUCGACGCAGAUCAUCGACACUCUUUUAGUUCUUAUUUUAAACAGAGGAUCUUGCCCACCGAGACGCCCCCUUUUUAUUUCAGUGUUUCUGUUUGUUUCUUCAUGACUGCUGCUUUGGCAAGUGAGGCGCAACAGCAACAUCAUGCGAGCCCAAAUCGAAGUAAUACCAUGCAAAAUUUGCGGAGACAAAUCAUCAGGGAUCCACUACGGAGUCAUCACAUGUGAGGGUUGUAAGGGAUUCUUCAGAAGGAGUCAGCAGAACAACGCAUCCUACUCCUGCCCCCGCCAGAGGAACUGUCUCAUCGACAGAACAAACCGCAACCGAUGCCAACACUGCCGCCUUCAGAAGUGUCUAGCCCUAGGAAUGUCCAGAGAUGCUGUUAAAUUUGGCCGUAUGUCCAAGAAACAACGUGACAGUCUGUAUGCAGAGGUCCAAAAGCACCAGGCACGACUACAGGAACAGCGGCAGCAACAGACAGGGGAAGCGGAGGCUUUGGCACGUGUUUACUCAUCUAGCCUAACCAAUGGACUGUCAACCCUCAACCAUGAGAUUGGGGGCACUUAUGCCAAUGGGCAUGUCAUUGACCUGCCCAAGGGUGGCCACAGUAAUGGCGCUGGACUUCCAGGGGGCUACUAUGGGAUGGACUCCACCCAGCCAUCUCCAGACCAGUCCGGUUUGGAUAUGUCAGGCAUGAAGCACAUUAAACAGGAGCCGGUGUACGACCUGACACCAGUGCCCAACCUGUUCAGCUACGGAGGCUACCAGGACAGUCAACUGGGACACAACAACGUCAGCAUGGGAGAACUAGACCGCAUUGCUCAGAAUAUCAUCAAGUCUCAUCUGGAGACGUGUCAGUACACCUCGGAGGAGCUACAGCAGUUGGCCUGGCAGACACAUUCCUAUGAGGAAGUCAAAAUGUAUCAGAGCAAGCCUCGGGACGUGUUGUGGCAGCAGUGUGCCAUUCAGAUCACACAUGCCAUCCAGUAUGUGGUCGAGUUCGCCAAGCGCAUCUCAGGGUUUAUGGAAUUGUGUCAAAAUGACCAGAUCCUCUUGCUGAAAUCAGGUUGUUUAGAGGUGGUCCUGGUGAGGAUGUGCAGGGCCUUCAACCCUCUUAACAACACUGUGCUCUUUGAGGGGAAGUACGGAGGCAUGCAGAUGUUCAAAGCUCUCGGUUGUGAUGACUUAGUGAGCGCGGUGUUUGACUUUGCCAAGAGUUUGUGCUCAUUGCAGCUGACGGAGGAGGAGAUCGCUCUCUUCUCGGCAGCUGUCCUAAUUUCCACAGAUCGUCCGUGGUUGAUGGAGCCCCGCAAAGUCCAGAAACUCCAGGAGAAGAUCUACUUUACUUUGCAGCACAUUAUGCAGAAGAACCACAUGGACGAAGACGCCUUGGCUAAGUUGAUCAGUCGUAUCCCAACAUUGUCUGCUCUGUGUACGCUCCACACGGAGGAGCUUCAAGCCUUCCAGCAGCUUCAUCCGGAAACAGUCAACGUUCUCUUCCCGCCGCUCUAUAAAGAACUCUUCAAUCCCGACCCGAACUCUGCCAUGGCCAUGCCCAAGUGACUGCCCGCGCAAGCAACAAUGUCCGUGGAGGAAUAAGAGAAUAAGGACCACUAUGUCUGACGAGACAACGCUGGCAAUACCUCCCCACGUCUGUGUCAUAUUUCACAGCUCCCCUUGUUUCAUUCGAGACCGGGGAGGUGAGUGGUCAUCUGCCAGAAACUUACAGUUACCGCCAACAAUACUAGGAAUGUCCAGCACUUAUCCCAUCCGGUUCACCGAUACAGUCUGAAGAAUGUAUAUAGAAAUGAAACGUGGCCCAAGCCACGACCUUAGCGGGGGCUAUUUCUUCUUGUCUCCUGACCAGAAAUGUACAGACUUUAAAAUCUAGGAACGAUUUAUGCUGCCAGUCUUAAAAUAUGGGUACUUGACAUUUUUUUGGAAUUUGAAAAAGAGACACCUUUUUGUUGUUGUUCUUUUUUUUUCUGAGAUGAAGAAAUAGUUUUAAAAUGCCGAAUGGGGGAGGGAACUGCGGAAUUAGAGAAGCUAUUGUAGAUAUUCUCCUAGUACAGAGCGGAUUCCAGUAUUACUUCUGUUGAAAUAAGUUAGUCUUAAUUUAAAGAUACAACAGUCCACUGUGGCUGAUUAUUCCUUGUCUAAGUGUUUUCAUUUUAACUGAUACGUUCUUGUGUACAGAAUUUGUAAAGUUAAGACUUGUAAAGGAAUAUUGGGUAAAACUGGGAGCCAAUUUUCAUUUGUUUAUAUACAUAUACAUAUAUAUACAUACAUCUAUCUAUAUAGGAGCCUUGUCUGGAUGUUGUUCAUAUGUAUAGAAGGAAUAGCAUCUUUCUGAUGCAAACGUGUAGAGAUGUAAUGAAGAACAUAAGAUGAAUUAACAAAAGACUAGAUACUUUUCAAGGUGAUAAAGUAUACAGUACUGUUCUAUAUUGUUGCUGCAAUAACUAAAUCCCAAAAAGCUGGAUUGCUUUUGAACAAUCAUCGAGAAACAAACAAUCAAGAAAGGUCAUUUCUUAAUCAAGCUGUGCCCCUUUCAUACAUUCCUUGUGUGAAAGGGCCUUCACUUCAGGGUGGUGAGGAUUUUCACCUCUGGAGAGAAAGAUGAGAAAAGAAACGCAAUCUUAAUUGAAGGUAACGUUCGAAUCUUCAAAGACCUGAAUUAUUGCCGUAUCCCCUCAUCCCUCCCGUCACUAUUUGCACAAUCAAGUCCCUGAACAUCCUGGACCACUCCGGGCUAUGAAUAUGAAAGAAUCCAAUGAGCAAUAACUUUUACACUGCCUUUUCUUUUUUUAAUCUCAUCGAUCUUCUUUGCCAUUUUUUGUUGUUUUGAACAGGGUAGCAAUUUCCAACUAAUAUGCACUAUAUUGGAAGGUACUGAAUUCCAUCACAGGCUGUUUUCAGUGUUUUUCGCAAGAAGUGAGAUGGGCUGUGGUUAGGAUACACGCAGAGCACCGGUUGCCUGACGUGAACAAGAAUCAUCCUAAAUACCAAUGAUCACUUCUCCAAUUGAAAUAGACACAGAAAAUGUGAUAGACAAUCACCUUGUUUGCUUUUUGUUCGCAGUUACAUAUUUAUUGGCACUUGCAAUUUGUCUCUUUUGUUUUCAAUUGCCUUAAUGUUGACUUAUUUUGUAAUUGCAAUUUGGCCACUGAGUAACAAAAAGCUACGUGAGCUCAAGGUUUAACCUUUUGAGGGAGGAGGACACUUACAUGACAACGCUCCAGACUUGUCUUGAAAAUUUUGUGCAGUCCUGUUUUUGGCCACUAGAUGCUCCGUAUGCAUUAUUUUUGUAAACUGUCAGGUCUGACAAUCUCAAACGAGACAACAAAAAAUUGAUUCUUUUCAUCUUAAAAUGUGGACACACACACACCCACACACACCCACACACACACACACACACACACACACAGAUAAUAUUGGCGCCAAUUUGAAAAAGAUCUGCAGUUUAAUCCACUGCUGGACAUGUCCAGCAAUGAUGCUGCAUGUGCACAAAAAGUGGUUAUUUUCUGGUAACUGAAGACCAAUGGUCCUUACACAGUGGCCAAAUGUUAUGCGUAUCAUACGCACGGACAUUGUUCCUUGUUAAAUUAGCUCAAUUGAAACAUGGGUUCAUUCAACCUCUCAGCCCCCAGCCCGGCGGUGACUCUGUAAGACAAUCACUUGCUCAUUGAGGCUUGAUGCACUACGUAGCAUCUCUCAGGGAACAGCUCUUUUCUGACUUUUGCAUUAAAAGAGGGUUCGAUAUUUUUGCAAAUUUACAACAACAACAACAAAUUUUUAAUUAUAAUAGAUGUACUUUUUGCGAUUAAAAAGCAGCAUAUGCUAACAAUGGAAUCUGCCCAGACAAGGCUUUGAUUAGGGUGUGUCUGUGUGUACAGGGCAUGAAUUCACUGUCCAAAUCUUGUUACUGCCCAGAUUAUACGAUAAGCAUUGUGGCGUGUAGCACAAGGAGAGAUCUACAGUAUUUGCUCCAUAUCAGUGUGCUCUUGACAUCACGUUGCGUACACUUAUGUUUACUGCUUAUUUUGCUGCUUCUGGGCUCCCGUGGGGAAAUUCACUCGCAAACUGUGAAUCGUGCAACAUCACGACAACGCUGGACAGUGAAUUCCAACUCUGACGUUUUUGAGUGAGAUGUUUUUAUUUUCCCUUGUAAGACUGUGAAUCUGAGAGGUGGGAUGAGGUUGCGAGAGGAUGUGCGGGCAAGAACGAGUGGUCACAUAAACACUGUAAGUAGGACACUGUAGCAAUAAGAAGUGGAGGCAUUUACUACUGUCAUGUUUGCAUUGUAAGAUUAUUUUUUAUUUUAUUACUAUUUACUAUUAUUAUUGUUAUUAUUAUGUCUACUAUUCUCUAUUACUAUGAGCCUAUUGUUGUUCUGUUCUAUUUGCAUGACGUUUCAUUGCAAUGAAACACUUUGGGGAAUAUUUGUGUUUUCUCAUGAUAUUGCGGAGUUCUGGGCGGGAUUAUUGGCAGAGCGGGUUUAAAACAGGAUCCAGAAUUAAGUCGUCACUAAGUGAUUUUCCAACAAUUCUGAAUAAAAUAUUAUUAUUUAUACGCAAGGAAUUUAAGCGAUCAAACUGGGUGAAAACACUUUUUUUUUUUGUCUUUCCUAGAACUUAUGAAUGUGUGAGUUGCUAUCACCAGUCAGUGAACGGCCCAUUCUGUACUGGCCUUAUUGAACCGGAUCAGAGACUCUUAUACCCAUGCUGUGGGAUAAGGUCAACCUUUCUGAAUGUUAUGGAGUCGUUUGUUCGGUGUGAGAGACUGAACUCAAUUCGCCUUUACUGCUCCAUCAACACAGACAAAUACAUUUGAAAGCGCACAAUAAAACUAUUCCACAGGAUGGCUCUGACAAACCGCACCGACAUUUUCAUACGCUUGUUUUUGAAAUACAUUCCCUAGAUUUUGUCCAACACACUACACCCAUAAAACCAUCCUACCUUUCUUGAAAAGAACCAGUAUGUGUGUGCGUGUGUGUGUGUGUGCGCGUGUGUGUGGGAGGGACAGAGAUACAGUGAGACUGAGACAAUGUUUUGUGUAGCGAUGCUUUGUAAGCUUUCUCGAUGCAUUAUAUGCGUGCAAUUCAAAUAGUGUUGAAAUUUGUUAAUUUAUUUUUUAGAAUGUCUUUGGGUGCAAGCAAGAGCAAAUAAAAUCUAAUGUAGCAAUCUGUAACCGGUACCUAUAAAAAAGAUAUUUGGGGUUACAGAACCUCUUUUACACAGGACUAACAAAACAAACAUUCCCCCCAAAAUUACAUUAAAAAAAGGAAA